UGUUUUGAUGGACAGUUCUUCCUUGCGUCGGUACCAAUGGAAAGGGGCGUGGUGAUAGUCAGGAAGUAGGCGUGUCGUUAACUGGAGUCGACCAAUCAGCGUCUGGAGGAGGCGUGGCCUCUUUCAAGGGAUGUGAGGAGAAAGGGAGCUAAACAGUAAGCAGGCAGAGAGCGAGAAAAGCGGCGGAGGAAGGGAUGUUUGUGUGUCCGCUGGUCGGUGCUGCAGGUACGGUCACAGCCGGAUAACAGCCUUCAGAGCGCCGCACCGGACCGCGGCGAGUCCGCCUCGGAGUUCCCCCGUUUUCUUCACCACCAAACGCGCACAAUGUCCGGCGGGGGAGACAUCCACGUCCUCCGCCAAGACUCCGGCCAAGAGAGUCCGAGGAUGCCGGCCUGGAAGCGAGAAAUCCUGGAGAGACGGAAGGCAAAGGGCGGCGUUUCCGCGGGGAACCCGGCCCCGGAGACGAGCCCCGGCGGCGCUGCGGGGUCGCAUCACGUCAACGGGGAUGUAACGGGGAAUGUGAACGGUAACGGCGGUGGUAGUGCGAGGAGAGACGGCGGGGCGAGCGGCGUGUCCGGGCGGAACUACACCAUCACCACGGCCAGCCAACAUUUCGCCAACAACAAAGAGCCCCGAGCGGCGGCAGCGGAGAGGACGGCACCGAGGGAGAGCCUGGUGCUCCAGGAGAGUCUGGGUCCGCUGGAGGAGAACCCGUUCAUCAAGCUGGAGAAGGAGCGCCGGAAGCGGCAGGACCGGGAGAACGCCGCCCGCCCGGUCCAGCACAUCCUGGAGCUGUACGGGAGCGUCCCCGGGAUCCGGACCAUCCGGGCCGAGAACAUCAUCAUCAUAGAGUCGGAUCCGGACUAUUUCCCGGAGGCCGGAGAGAGUAAAAGCUGGCAGCAGAACGGGGUGGACACCUACAGCUCACUGAACGACCUUCUGGACCGGAGAGGCAGCGCCGUGACGGAGAUCAGAGCCAAGGAAGUGGUCAUCUACGACACCACGCUCAGCCGGAGUGAGGAGAACCUCAGCACCCUGGGCCGCCCUGACCCCGAUGGCCCCCGAGACACCGGGGAGGGCCAAGGCAGGGUCAGCCGGAUCCUCCAGAAGUUCGACUGCAACUACGGGAAGCUUCAGAAGAAGUCGCACAGCACGGAGAACCUUCUGGACCUGGAUUGUAGUGCCAGUGCCAGGCCAAGACAUUGGGCCAAGCCACAGCCAGUUCUGGUGCCAAAGCCCAGGCCAAGUCCGAGCGUCAGCAGCCAGCCAACAUCACCCGUCUUCCAGACUCCUUGGACUUCCAAAGCAAAGCCACAGCCGGAGCACCACCCGGGCUCACCCCAGCCUGUGUCGUCCUUCCGGCAGAGGUUUGAAGGGGGCGUCGUCCCCAAAGACGAGCCAGACAGAGGGCAAAGCAAGCCCACCAGGGAGCGCGACUGGGAGGCCUCGGAGGUGCCCCCCAAACCCAAGGUGCCAUGUUCUCCGGAGACCCGCCGUGUCCGUGCCGAGUCCUCCUCACUGCCCGUCUCUUCGAAGGUCUUACGUACGUCGUCUGAGUUUGAGAUCCGUCCCUCCCCGAAGCCGGACAUCGACCAGAUCCCAGACGGGGACAUCCAGGCUCGGGCCCUCGCAAACCUCCGUCUGCAGUCCAAGAACUCCUUCACGGUGGUCCCCAAGCGAAACUUACAAGACUCGACUGCGGCCAUCAGCCCCGGACCACCAAGUCCGACCAAGUCCUCGCCCUUGCCAGGAGUGCCAACACCCCCCCACUCCCCAAUGAAGAAGAAAGAAGAGAAAGUGCAGAAGAAGAAGGAACCGGAAGUACCUCCUUCUCCUUCCUCUCCACCGGUCGUGACCUCACCAGCCUCACCAGUCUCUCCAACUCCGAAGCAACCCCCCGUGGACAAACUGCCGGUCACAAACAUUGACGACAUUGAGGUGGAGCCCCCGCAGCGCGUCCCGGUCCCCAGCCCCAUGGUGCAGAGGAAAAAGGGCAACACCUUCACCGUGGUGCCUAAGCGAUCGGCGGAACCCCAGAAGAGCCCACCGGAGCCCCAGCAGGAGGCUCCGGCUGAGGCCCCGCCGGGGUCCACUCCCCCGCAGCCCCAGUACGCCCAGCUGGGCAGCCUGCUGAAGAAACGCUACCCUGCUGUGGAGGAGAUCCAGGUCAUCGGAGGAUACCUGAGCCUGGCCAAGUCCUGCCUGUCCAAGACCGGCUCGGUGGGCAAGAAGCUGAAGAUCUCGUUCAACGAGUCGAGCCUCCAGAGCACCUACGAGUAUCCGUCAGAGAGCAGCGUGUGGGACAGCGGCGAGGAGGACGAGGACGACAAGCGGGACGGGACGCCAGCGGACGAGCAGCCCAGCAUGGUGGGACGUUUCCACAUCCCUCGACCCGGCCUGGUCGGCUCGCCGGUCCACUCCGAAAACGGAAACGACCUUUCCAGCUACAUUCCCAAGCACUCUGUGGACUUUAACACCUGGCAGGAAAACAAACAAGAAGACAAAGUUUACCAGGAAGAACCCACUUCGCCGCAGGUCACAGAGGAGGUCAUGCUGACUCCGGCAGACAGCUCCUCCCUGUCCGACUACAGCAGCGAACCGGCGCUUUACUUCUGACGGCCGGACGGCAGCAUCUCCGACCGCAGCUCACGGCGGCGCUCCGACCCCGCCGACCUCCUGCCACAGGCCUCCUGCCGCAGAGGUUUCCCAGAGCGACAAAUGGGAAUGAAAAAGGAAAAAACAAAAACAUAGAAGCAGCUGGGCUGUGUUUCCCCCUCCGAUGGAGGACAGUUGAUCUGUCCGACACUUUCGCUCGUUGGUGACGGAGUUCAGUGUUAGGACUUUCUCUGCUUCUGUGCAGAUUAUAAAUAGCAGACAGAAAAACAACAAAACAUGAAGGUAAAAGGGUGCCACAACUAUUUUCUUUUCCAGUUUUUGUACGUGCAUGUUUGAUUUCAGCUUCUGUUUUACUGUAAAGCUUCUCUUGGCCUUUCUUUAGUUUCAGGUUUUCAUGCUGUAUUAAACUUUCUGGAUGUUUUUCUGAGGUGUUUAAAAAAAACUUCCCUCCUUCGUUUGGAAGGAGGUGAAGAAGAACGACGGCGUGUUGGGGCCGUUGCAGACGGAAAGAAAAAAUUACACCAAAAACUCAGAAAUUUUGAGAUUUACCUAAUCUCUGAAAUUUUCUAGAAAAAACCUGGAAAUUUCUGAGCUUGAAAAGUUGAAAAUUGCUAGAAAAAAAUGAGAAAUUUAGAUAUUCAGAAAUCUUUUGGAAGGAAAAUCUUGGAAAUUUUGGACUGUCAAAAAGUAGAAAAAUUGCUGGUGAAAUUUUCAUAAAGUUGAAAAUUUGCUAGACAAAAUUCCUAUAUUUUGAGAUUAAUCUCAGAAACUGUCUAGAAAAAACAUUGCACAUUUCUGAGCUUGAAAAGUCAUAAGUUUGCUAGAAUAAACCUGAUAAAUUUUAGGAUUAAUUAAUUACAUUUUCUAGAAAAAAGAACUUGGAAUUUUCU